AAACACAACAUGUAUGCGAUUAUCCUAAUUUAUGCUUUAUAUUUCAUUACUAAUGGAAAGUUUGAACAUGUAUCAGCAAGAAUCGUGAAGUCAGACAAAUUAUCAGAUUCAUCUGCUUCAAAGAUCCUUACCUUGAAAAAUUUGACAGAUCCUAAUAUCCACAUACCACAGAAAUCAAAUAAUCGAACUUCAUGCAACGGUACAGGUAAAUGUGAACUUCAAAAAUCAAGCAAAAAUGUUUCUAUCACCACUACGAAUUUACCUCAGACACAAGUUCACCACUCUACAGUAGCUCCCCACGUUCCAACAACAACAACACACCAGAAAAUUUCACAAAAUCAUACAAUUGCUCAUGGAACAAAAGCAACUACUACUGCACAUAUUGCUCAUGGAACAAAAGCAACUACUACUGCACAUAUUGCUCAUGGAACAAAAGCAACUACUGCUGCACCUAAGUCAUUCCUAAAAAGUAAGCGAAUAUUUAUUGCAUUAAAACGUUGAUCACCUUUAGUUUAAUAUAAAAGUACUAAUAUUCUAUAGUGAAUCUAAUUAAGACUGUUGAAAGAUUUUCUGUUUAUACCUUUUUAAAUUUUAGAUCAAUGAUGAAUAGCUCCAAGGAUUGAUAUUCACUUAUAACCUCGUACUAUGCUGAUUAGCAUGUUAUGUCAAUUAAAUAGCGGUUAAUAUCUAUGUUAUGCAUCUCUAUUUCUAUCUAGGAUCUCAUAUCUAACCUAAAUAUUACUAACCUCAAUUUUUUCAAUAUAAAUGACUAAUUAUCUGAAGAUACAUUUAUUCAAGUAUAAUAUAAAACUAUGUUUAACAGCUAUAAAUGAGAAUACUAAGUAAACUAUCGUAUAAUAUACUUAUCCUUUGAUACAAAUAAAAGUAUUUCACUUAGGUUGGAUACCAAGGAAAUUGUCAAAAGUCAAUAAAGCUAUUUAUAUCUAUGGGAAGAUACAAGUCAAAUAAUACCAAGUGAAUUGAAAUUCACCCCAUUGCACAAGCAAGUGGCUAUCAGGACUCAGUAACUAAGUGGAUAACGCGAUGGCAUUUGAAGCGAAUGAUGCUAGGUUCGAGUCCCAGAGUGAACAUCAACUCUGAGAUGCAGGUACAUCCAGCUGACGAGUCCCAAAUAGGACGAAAUGCUCAUCCUGGAUUCCGCUGCUAGCCACUAUCCAUCAUUACUUACAAAAAGCUUGCGAAUUAAGGCAAUAUCGAGGCAUACGCACAGUAUGCACAUAUGCCAAUAAGAGACUGAUCAAUUGCAGUCUUAAACCUCAAUGGGAAGAUACAAGCCAAAUAAUACCAAGUGAAUUAUUUAUAUCUAUUGUUUCAAAUUACUAAGAGUUAUGAAUAUAAUUAAUGGAACCUACUAUUCAAUUGAAUGCUGCAUUUUAUAUGUACAAGAACAAUGUCAUUACAUAAUUUAUGAUUAGAUCGAAUUGUAAACAUUUCCACUUAUUAAUGAAUGACCCAUUAUAAAUUAUGAAAUAGUAAACAACUGGUUAGUCUUGUUCUGAGACUAGUGUAAAGGAUAUACUAGCUAACUAACAAUUGAAUCUUAAUUCAAUAAGUGACAUCUUGUUCUAGUAUAUACUGUUUGUUUCUAAAUAUAAUACUAGUUGCAUAACUUUUAAUGAUAUAAAGUUACUAUUUUGACCAUAUUCUCUCUUUUUUUCUUAUACAAUAAAACAGACGUUGGUGAUGGAUGUGAGUAUGAAGUGUAUUUUUUUCUUCUUUCAUUAAAUAAAUACAGUUUAAAAUGCUGUGAGAAACACUGAAACUACUACAAAUUGCUUUCGUUUCGGUCGGAGUUUUUUCUCUUAGCAACACAAAAAAAUACCAAUCGAAACAAAAGCAAUGAAUAAAAAGCUUGGUGGCAUGGUAUGAAUUGAAAUAAACUGUAAACAUAUACUGGAGUAAAUUACAUAUAUUCAUUGUAAGACAUUAAACUACAUGUGUAGUAGUUUCAGUGUUUCACACACUAAUAUCAUAGUGAGAAUCUUCAAUAUGAACAUCAAGACAGUCCUACUGUACGGAGCUGAAGCGUGGAGAACUACUAUAACCAUCAUCAAAAAGGUACAAGUAUUUAUAAACAGUUGUUUAGGCAAGGCACUCAAUAUCCAUUGUCCGAAUACCAUCAGCGACAGCAUACCAUAUGAGAGAACUAACCAGUUUCCAGCUGAAGAGAAAAUUAGGAAAAGACUCUGGAGGUGAAUAGAAUAUACAUUGCGGAAACCACCAAACUGCACCACGUGGCAAGUGCUUACCUGGAAUCAUGAAGGUGAACGGAAGGAGGAAGAUCAAUGAAUACACUGAGUCGGGAAUUGGAAGCAGACAUGAUAAAGAUGAAUAGAAACUAGAAAGGAUUGCCCAGGACAGAGUUGGAUGGAGAGUGCUGGUGGACGGCCUAUGCUCCUCCACAGCGGUUAACAGGCGUAAGUAAGUAAGUUUGUUUCGGUGUUUUGCAAGAUGUAACAAUUUCUAUGAUCACGUUUUAUCUCAUAUGAACUUGAUAUACGUACAUAGGCUUUUUACUUUUUACCCGCCAAAUAUGCUUUACUACGCAUUCUUAAUUUGUUAAAUAAUAAACUGAUAAUGUAAAUUGUUAUUAUCUGUUCAUUAAACAAACACAUACACAUAAUAUCUGCAGAUGGAAGUCGUCAAGAAUUGACUACUCCUUUGGUAUUAUUGAGAACCGUGCGAUAGUAGAUAUACUUUUUUCUUAGUAAGGACCUAUUCAUUAGAGAACAUCCACAACCAUAUAAAGUUGCAAACCUAGCAGCUUCGAGUAUUUUGGUGAACGUUUUAUCAUUAGAACAAUGGAUUAUUCCCAAAUGGUACACGUUUUCGACCUUUAUAACUUCAUGAUACAGUACGAAGAUCAUUGGAUAUCACUGAUGAUAACUGUUUCACUCUUGGCAUGUUUAUACUAUAUCAAUUAGGCGUUUGAACAAACGUAAAAUAUUUAAACUGAUUUCAGAUUGAUAACUAUUAAAAAUAGUGGCAAUAAGUGUUAUUUUUCUCUCAAUAAUCAAAGAUAUAAGUUCACAGGAAAAUGACUAGUAAACUAAAGUUGGCAUCAAUUCGACGUUAGCAACCGGUGUAUGCUUCGUCUAUCAAUAUGUAGUCAGUUGUGAGUAUUUGAUGGUAAAAUGCUCAAAAAUGUAAAACAUUGAAAAUUUUCUUUUUUUAAUUUUGAUCCAUUUCAUUCAUUCUAAUUUGUAAAUUGCACUUUUGUUCUUUAUUUUCUAAGUUUUUGAUUUGUUCAGUGAACAAGGUUAGUUGGUAUCAUCUUCACCAAGGUUAUACUUGGUAAUUCCGAUUAAAUUGCCUAUCAAUUGGAUUGUAUCACGACUAUAAAGUAAUAUAUUUGUAAUACUCCGAUUCUCCAAGUCAUUACUCUGGAGAAUGAAUAAGUAAUCAGAGUAAAUGAACACAAGUUUAAGUAGUACAGGGAGACAAAUCAAAAUAUUUAAUUCAAUCCAGACAACUUUAUCAUUUUGUCUGAGGAAGUGACUUACGAUGAGUUACGAAAUGUUAGAAAUUCAAUUUUUCACUCAUUACAUAUUAAAAAUACAUUGUUUUAAUGUCAUAAUAAGUAAUUCUUAGAAUAAAAUACGCAGUAUUGUAACUAAUUCCCAUUUCAAGUGUAUUGAAGUUGUGACUCCUUCGACUCCUUUAGAUUGAAAAAGCGAUAGGAACAUGAAUUAAAAAUCUGAUCUUUAUGGUCAGAAAAGAUUCAACUUAAUAACCCAUUAAAUAACUCAUUUUGAUUAUAAAAUGGUCUGAUAAGCAUGUAUACAUGUUCUUUCCUUUUACAUUUUCAUAGUUUAAAUUCAACUAAUUUAACUAACUGCCUCGCUUUAAUCACAAACUAACCUGAAGUAGAAAACCAUUGAGAAUGUGGAAGCACAAGACAGCUAUUUCAUUCUAGUACUUGACUCCUUAGGGGUGCGCAUCAAUGAACAUCCCAGAAAUCGAACCCAAGGAUCUCAGGUCGUCUGGUUGGAGCUUAACUUUUAGGCUACUAAUUCGACACCCAGUAGUUUACCGGUCUAACUUAAAGCGAUUUGCAACAUUGAGCAACCAUUUUCUAUUAUCUUCGGUGGGUACCUGCCUCACACAGAAGAUGAAAUUUUCUGAGAAGUCCUAUACUAGAAUGAAACAGAUGUGUAGUGCUUCUGUGUUUCCCAUGGUUUUCUAACUUAAGCUAGUUUGUAGUCGCAAAACGUUCGAAAAUCCCUACAAAUACCUGUUAAAAACAAAAAAAUGACGGUGGGAUGGGGGAUUAGGAUCACGGUAAUAAUAAGUGAUUGGAUAUAUCGCUACUGUACAAAAAAGAUCAUGUUCGAAAUGAUGAAUUACCAUAGCCUCAACCGUUCACAAAUUUAUAAUCCAGUUUCGUUUAAAACUAAUUUAUCUGACUUUGUAGAUAAUUUAGAAUCGAAAUCCUGGUAGAGCUCAAUGAUCAGAUAUUAUCAUUUCUGAACAAUGUGAAUAGUUUUUUCCCCGAAAUAUCCAUAAACAUAUAUUGUAAACUUUAUGUAUAUAUAUAUCAUAUCAUAUCAUAUAUUCUAUCUUAUCAUUUUAGAGUUUCAUCCAAUAAAUCAAAAUGUCUACAGUCAAAUAUUUAUCAUUGUAUGGAUGAAGAGGUACCUUUUCAGAUCAUCAUUCUUGAAUUUAAAGAAUAUGAAAACUUUAUUACUAGGAAGUUAAAUCGUUUCCCGUCAGUCGUUUCGAACAUUCAGAAAAAUAUACGCUGGAAUAUUCACUAAACAAUGUUGUCUUUACAAUAAGUCAUCAGAUAUUUUUCAUUUUGUCUUAUUUUUAUUUAACCUUAUUACUAACAACAAUGAACAAUCGAAAUAAAUAUCAUUUGAAUAA